GCAACGAAGAAGAAGCAUCUGCAGUCCAUGUUGAUGUCAACAUGAGUGCUGACAACUCGUGUUCAGACAUAUUACUUCCUUUACGAAAUCUUUGUAACUCUGUUAAGUGCAUACGAGACCGGGUAAAAGAUGGAGAGUCCAGUGAGUGCAGUAGUGAAUUCAACAUGACUGCUUUCUGGAACACUUUGAUUCAGUCAGUGAAGGCCACAUCCCAGGAGGCAACAAAACUCAGCCUGGCGUUCUCUAAACCACCCCUGCCCUCCUCUCAGGAUGCGGAGAAGAUAGCGGACUCGAUUCAGAAGGCCGUGUUGGCGUUGUCUACGGUCUACUACUGGCUGCCAAAGACCCAGGGAAUCAUUUUGAGAAGAGUCGUGCGAGAUGCCACUGCAGAUGUGCUUGAUGGAAUGGUCCAAUUGCUUGACAUCAUCCUGAACUCCCCCCUUCAAAGUUUGUCCCAGGAGCAGCUGAUGUCCACGGGAGGAGUAUGGGCGACAUGUGACCGCUUUGAGCAGCUGCCAAGAGAUAACCGUGCUGCUGUGCUGGGUGUCCUGGUCUCUUAUCAGGGCGUGGUGAAGGAUGCUAUCGAGGAGAUGGAGCAGGCCCAGUCUGAAAACCAGGACCCUUUCGCCGACCUCCUGGACGAUGAGGACCUGGACGAGCGCGGCAACCGGGACACGUACUGGAGCGAGGCGGACCGGCGGCUGAUGGCCCCCUGCCAGGGCCUGAUGAAGGCGUCCUUGGCGUGCCUGAAGAAAUUGAGCUCGUCCGUGCGGGGCAAUGCCAAGGUCGACACCCCCGACAACGUCGCCCAGCUGGACGACCUGGCGGACAUCACCCACGACAUCAGCCCCAGUGUUGAUGACCUGGCCCUCAGUCUAUACCCCCCUAUGGAUCACACGGCAGUGGAACUCAACGCUUCUAAACUGGCAGCUGUUUUAAAGAAAGUCUUAGAGAUCAUCAGGGCGACCCAUGUGUGCACUGAAUCGGACCUGACUUGGGUCCAGUUUCUGGACGGAGCCGUGGAUCACAACCUACAGAAAGCCAGAAGAGCAGCUGAGGGCUCUGACUGAGCCGUGUGUGUGUGUGUGUGUGUGUGUGUGUGUGUGUGUGUGUGUGUGUGUGUGUGUGUGUGUGUGUGUGUGUGUGUGUGUGUGUGUGUGUGUGUGUGUGUGUGUGUGUGUGUGUGUGUGUGUGUGUGUGUGUGAGUGUGUGUGAAUGUGUGAAGGCGUGACGAUUCAUACCUGAGCUCAAAUGGAUUAUGAAGAACUCUCUGUGUGUGUGUGAGAGAGAGAGAGAGAGAAUGUCAAAGCAAACAUGAUUGAGCUCAGAUAGACACCUACGAACUUGUGUGCAAGUGUGUGUGUGGUGGGAAUUCAGAUUAAAUAAUCACGCUGAGACAGAUCCUCCAGUUC